CGGCGGGCCCCGGCCGAGCGCUGAGGCGGCGGGCCAUGGGGGCGGCGGCGGCGGCGGGCUGCGGGAGCCCUGCCUGCCCGCCUCACCCGCGGCGCCUCCGGAGGGAGCGGCGGCGCCGGAGCCCAGCGCAGCCAUGUGAUGCCGGAGGAGCGCGGGGGCGAUGAUAUGGAAUGUGGGCAGCUGCCUUCGGACACGCUCCGACAGGUGACGGUCCAGCGCCACCCCCUCUACGGAUUCGGCUUUGUGGCUGGCAGCGAGAGGCCCGUGGUGGUGCGGUCGGUGGCAGCAGGCGGCCCCUCUGAGGAUAAACUCCUGCCAGGAGACCAGAUCUUGGCCAUCAACGAUGAGGAUGUGAGUGAAGCCCCCAGAGAGAGAGUCAUCGAGCUUGUCAGGAAGGCCAAGGACUUCAUCAUCCUCACGGUCCUGCACACCCACCAGUCCCCCAAAUCUGCUUUCAUCAGCGCAGCCAAGAAGGCGAAGCUAAGGUCCAACCCAGCCAAAGUCCGAUUUUCUGAGCAGGUGACAGUCGGCGAGACAGACCCAGACAUGUUGAAGAAAGAAGCUCUCCUCCUCAUUCCCAACGUGCUGAAGGUUUUCCUGGAGAACGGGCAGAUCAAAUCCUUCACCUUCGAUGGCCGAACCACUGUGAAGGACGUGAUGGUGACGUUGCAGGACCGCCUGUCGCUGAGACACAUCGAGCACUUUGCCCUGGUCCUGGAGUAUUCCAGCCCGGAGCAGAGCCACCGCUUCCUGCUGCUCCAGGACAAGCAGCCGCUGGCCCACGUUGUGCAAAGAACACACUACCACGGCAUGAGAUGCCUCUUCCGUGUGAGCUUCUUCCCCAAGGACCCAGUGGAGCUGCUGCGCCGGGACCCUGCAGCUUUCGAGUACCUGUACAUCCAGAGCCGCAACGAUGUGAUCAGAGAGCGCUUCGGCACAGACCCCAAGCCAGAGAUGCUGCUGGGGCUGGCUGCCCUCCACAUCUACAUCACUGUCUCAGCCACCCGCCCCAGCCAGAAGGUCUCCCUCAAGAACGUGGAGAAGGAGUGGGGCCUGGAGCCCUUCCUGCCCCCCUCGCUCCUGCAGCUCAUCAAAGAGAAGAGCCUCAGGAAAUCCCUCUCGCAGCAGCUCAAAGCCCACCAGCACCAGCCUGGCGGCACCAAGGUCUCCACAGCCCAGGCAAAGCUGCAGUACCUGAGGAUCCUGAACGAGCUGCCGACCUUCGCUGGGGUUCUCUUCAACACGGUGGGACUGGACGAGAAGCAGGCAGCCACCACCCUGCUGGUGGGACCCCGGCACGGCAUCAGCCACGUCAUUGACCUGAAGACCAACCUCACCACGGUGCUGUCAGAGUUCAGCAAGGUCAGCAAGAUCCAGCUGUUCAGGGAGAACCAGGGGGUGGCCCGGGUGGAGACGAGCAUCCUGGAUGCCAAGCCGCUGGUGUUGCUGAUGGAGUGGCCUGAAGCCACCAACUUUGCCUGCCUGAUCGCAGGCUACUGCCGGCUCCUGGUGGACUCCAAGAAGAUGAUCCUGUCCAGGGCCCCCAGCCAGCCACCCCCACCUCAGAUUAUCAAGGCAGAUUACAUCAACGCACACAACUUCCAGCGGCCUGCCAUGGCAGGGCACGUGGGAAAGAAGGAGAAUGGGCUGGUGGGUGGCUCUGCCACUGUCACCGGAGCAGCCGGGGCUUCUGCCACCAGGGCUUCGGACUCGGAGCUCGUCCGCUUCUGCUACCUGCACAUGCGAGAGCAGAGGAAGGAGAGAGAGAGCGGGACGGAUAUCAAUGAAAACCUGAUUUUUUUUGAGGAAACUCGUCCCAGGACCAAAUCUGACCCCACUUCCAAAAGCUCUGGCCAAGGCUACAACGGGGUAGCUAAGGAGUGUGACCCAGAUGGCCUUGAGCAAGACAGGCACGCCAGCAGGGCCCGGGCACACACCAUAGACACCCACCUGCGCAGCGACAGCUCCCACUUCUACUGCGAGUCCUGCCAAGCCAAGAUCAGGAGCCGGCUGGCCUCGGGCACGGCGGGCAAGCCUGGCAGCACCCGCGACAACAUGGUGGACUUGACGUCGCUCCCCCCUCCCGGGAAUAAUGACGAGGAAGAAGACGAGACAACGUCCCUGCUCCCCGCCAUCGCCGCCCCCCCUCCUGGCUUCCGAGACAACAGCUCCGACGAGGACGACCCCAAGCGCCGGGCGGCUGCCCAGGGCCAGGAGCAGGGCCGGCAGCUCUGUGGCAUCCUGUACGACGAGAUCCCGGUCACUCUGAUCGACAGCGUGCAGCCACGGACCGUCCGGGACCAUGCCCAAGAGCUGGAUGAUGCCCUGGUGUCCACCCUGCAGGCACUGGAAGCCCUGGCUGCUUCAGAGGAUUGUCCACAUCCCCCUCCACAGCAGACAGCAGGUCUUAUUGUCCUGGCUGCCAUCACUCCUGAGUCAUCCUUGGACUCUGGCCACGAAACGAACUCCUCAGAGCUGACCGAUGUCUCAGAGAUGGUCUCUGCUAUGAAGCAGCAUCAGAACGCAGCCUACUUCCUCACCCAACACAUCAACAAAGAAAACCUCCUGGCCAGGAAGGACUUGCCUUUCCGAAUCCAGAGCUGUGCUGCCCAGGCAGUUCUCACCUCACCCUACCCCCUGAGCCGCCAGGACCCGAGCCCUUCACUGAAGCCAGCCUUCUCUACCCAAAAUCCCAGCCUUCCCAACUGCAAGAGCAAGCAGGAGCAGCAGCACGGGGAGCAGAGCUGCACCUCGGCUGCCCAGCCGGGGCAGACCCCCCAGCUCAGUGAGCAGAGCAAGGGGGCUUCAGUGCCAAGCUCUGAGUGCAAAGGUGCAGGUCACACAAAAGCUGCCUUUGAGGUACCUCUGCAUGCCACAGCAGCCCCAAGCAGGGAGCGGGCACAGGAUCUACAAGAGAAGAUGCCCAAAGAGGUGCAGCCGAGCUCCAAGCUCCUUCUGGAUCAGAAAAGCAGUGUCACUUCAGCCAUCGUUUCAGCUGCUCUGCAGCAGGUGGCAAAUGCAAAAGCCUCAGCUCCCCAUGUGGUAUCAGCCUUAAAAGAACAGAACAUGAAUGGUACCAGCAGCUGUGCAUCAGCCAGCAGCAAGCCUUUGACACUUAAAGGAGGUCCACAAACUGCAGAGACAUUAUGCAACUGUCAGCAGCAGCAGCAGCAAGUCUCUCUGCAGCAGCACUGUGAAGUUUCUCCAAGUCCUAAGGAAGCUCCUGGCAGCCAGGCUGAAGCUUUCCACCUCGCCUCAGCAGGCGAGGAAAUGAUGUCCAGUAAGACUUUUGCCUCUAAAAGCUACCAGCAAAAAGUGAGUAGAGAUGCUCCAGGAAAAGCUGCAAGUGGAGAGACAGGUCAGAAGGCAGGUGGGGAAGCCAUAAGCCUUGUCUUGCAGAAACACACAGCUCCUUCAAACCAAGGACAGAAAAUACAACAGGAAAGCUCAGCCAAAAUCUUAAAAGCUGAGAGCAGCAAUGUGCAUUCUCCAUCACCUGGUAGCACUUUCCGAAGCACCAGUGAGGAAGCCAAAGGGCCAAUCCAGCUGAUGCCCAGAUCUGAGAGCCUGCAGAUUAGCACUGUGCCUUCCAAAAAAGUAGAAAAAGUCCUGGAGGUAACCCAACAAGACGCUGAUGUCCCAGCUAAACCCAAAGCCCCAAAAGCUCCCUUCAGGCUUAGGAACCUGUUCUCUGCAACAUUUCCCACCCGGCUGAAGAAGGAGACGGACGAGCGGCAGGCCCAGCUGCAGAAGGUGAAGCAGUAUGAGCUGGAAUUCCUUGAAGAGCUGCUCAAGCCAAAGAGCAAAGGUGACCUCCCGCCACAGGAGUAUCUGCACCCACCUGCCCCUGGGCGCUGCAGCUGCCAGCUGAGGAGCAGUCCUGUGCAAAAAGUCCCAGGGAUGUCCAGGGAGCAAAGGCGGAGCUGUGACUGCAAGCGGAUUUGCAGGGGAAUGAGGCCACCCCCCAACCAGCUGAUGAUACCAGAACUGGAGAGGCGAGGCAGGGAUAAAGAUGCAGAUGACCAGAAGCAGGUAGAAGCCAUUAGGCUGACCAGCUUGAGCAGCCCUUCCAAGGGCAAACGGAUUCGAUCCACAAGUUUAGAGUCCAGAGACAACCGGUCAGAUGCAGAGAAAGACAUGUCCUGUUUGACAACGUGCACCUCCCGAGGGGAGUGCAUGAGUGCACCCCACUACAGGAAGCUCUUGCGUCGCUACAGUGUUAGUGAAAUAGACAAGACUGAUAGGACAUCCUUGUCCUCUGAUGUCUACCAGAACAUCUACACAACCAAGCAGAAAGGCCCCCAGAAAGAGCCUGAGCCCAGCAUCCUCUGUCCUGUUCCGAAGAGCAAACUCCAGGAAGCCUCUGGAGUGGCUGACCCCUCCUAUGUCCAGAUAGCACAGGACAAAAAGAACCAGAAGGGUUCAGCAGUGUUCUCUGUCCAGGAGGAGAUGUACCCAAGUCCUGCUGAGCUGCAGGAUGAAGACAUGGAGGAUGAGAAGUGCUGCUCCAUCCGGUACUGCUUCUACUACAGAAAAUGCGAUGUAGCAGAUGAUGGGAGCGAGAAGGAUGAGCUGUCCUAUUCUAUCCCCAUGCAGAUACUCCCGGGAAUGAAGCUGGACAAUCAGAUGGUCCCAGUCAUGAGCAGGACUCUUCAGGUCCUAGAUGCAACAGCCUGCAGCAGUCCCAAUGAGAGCCAGACCCAGGAAAUAGAUUUAAGGACCUCCAGUUUUGAGGGGAGCCUGGCAAAGAUCAACACCCUUCGAGGCCAUGCCUACAGCUUUCCCAAUGGGUUUCUGCAGGUGCAGCUGGACACCAAUGAGCUCCUGACCAUCCUGAGGCAGUGUGUGCUGAGUCCUGAGGUCCGGGACUGCAAACCCUACAUCUCCCAGCUGGCUGAGUACAAGCAGGAGCUGGCCCUCAAGUUCAAGGAGUUCCGGGCGUCCUGCCGCCGCGUGGCCGCCGUCGACAAGAGUCCCACCCACAUGCUCUCCGCCAUCACGAGCAGCUUCCAGGUGCUAAGCAGCCUCAUCGAGACCUUUGUGAGGCUGGUGUACGUCGUGCGCUCGGAGUCCCAGCGCCAAGAGCUGCUGACGAAGGUGGAGGAGGUGGUGAGAAACUACACCUUCCUCCUGAAGGCUGCCGAGGAGUCCACGGCCAGAACGCUGAGCCACCAGCAGACUGUGGAGCAGCUCACCCGCCAGUCAGCCACGGUCGCCACGGUCGUGAGCACUCUCACACGUUCCCUAAAGACGUUGAUCAAUAAGUAAAGCCAGCUGUGAAGACCAACAAGGCAGUGUGUGCCAGGCCAUGCUCUCAAAUGUCACGGGUCUGGUGAGGAUGCUAUGUCUGCAGGCCCAUGUUUACCAGGGUUUGCCAGAGCCAAGACACUCUUUGAUCUCUGCAGAUUGGAUGGUUGUGUUGGUGAUGGGUUUGAAGGGUGAAUUCAUGCCUGGUCACAAGCUGUGCAAUCAGCUGGCCCAGGGACUCAAGCAGCUUCUCUGCUUGUUCUCCCACACUGGCUUGUUGGUGACAGUACCUAGGAGGUACAGGCACCCCAUCUCCACACCAGUUUGGUUCCAUGGGGUUCUGGGCCUCGCUCGUGCAGGCCUUUGUCACAGUUUGUGGUGGGCCAGUGAGCUAUCUCCUGGCUUCACUUGGGCAGUCUGGAGCCAAACCAGUGUCUUGCCACGUAAACAACUCUUCUGCCUCCAGGAUCUUCCUGGCCCACAAACACAGCGUAAUUAGCAGCAGAAGGGAUGUCUGGGUGCAAGCCCCUGCUGCUGUGCUAGGGCUUGGGAAGUAGUCCCAGCAGGGGCUGGUUGCCAUAAUGCUGGGACAGAGCUAGGGCACCCUACUGGGCUCUGCUGUCACAGCUUAGGCCCCAGUGCUCUAGUCCUGAGCACAGGCACAGCCUGUGCCAAAGGCAAGGGCUUAAUGCCUGCAAGUGGGGACAAUCCAGAGACCUACAGGACUGCCAGUCCGACCUCGGUGCCAAGAAGGUCACGGAGCAGAUGGUCUUGGGUGCCAUCACAUGGCACAUACAGGGGAUCAGGGCCAGCCAGCACAGGAGAAAGGCAGGGGCUGCUUGAGCAGCCAGGCCUCCUGCUAUGACUGGGUGACUCUGGGUGAAGGAAAGGCUGUGGAUGUUGUCUGCCUAGAUUUUAGUAAAAAAUCUAACACUGUGUUCUUCACUGUGUUCUUCAGCAUUCUCCUGGAGAAACUGGAUGGAUGGAUGAUGGGUGGAUGGAUGUGGAUGGAUGGAUGGAUGGAUGAUGGAUGGAUGGAUAGAUGGAUGGAUGGAUGGAUGGAUGGAUGGAUGGAUGGAUGGAUGGAUGGAUGAUGGAUGGAUGGAUGGAUGGAUGGAUGGAUGGAUGGAUGGAUGGAUGGAUGGGCCCCAGAGAGUGGUGGGGAAUGGAGCUAAAUCCAUCUGGGGCCAUCACCAGUGGUGUUCCCCAGGGCUCAGUGCUGUGGCCUGUCCUGCUUUGUAACUUUUGAGGACACCCUCAGUCAGUCUAGAGAUGACACCAGUGUGGGUGGGGAUGUUGUGCAGAGGGCAGGAAGGCUCUGCAGAGGGAUCUGCACAGGCUGGGUCCAUGGGCUGAGGCCAACUGUGUGAAGGUCAGCCAGGUCCUGCCCUGGGUCACAACAACCCCCUGCAGCUCCAGCCUGGGGCAGAGGGGCUGGAAAGUGCCUGGUGGGAAAGGCCCUGGGGGUGCUGGCCAACACCAGCUCAACAGGAGCCAGGUGUGCCAGGUGGGCAAGAGGCCAGUGGCACCUGGGCUGUCCCAGCCAUGGUGUGGCCAGCAGGACCAGGACAGUGACUGUCCCCUGACUGGGCACUGGUGUCCAGCUCUGGGCCCCUCAUGACAAGAAAGACACCGAGGGGCUGGAGCACGUCCAGAGAAGGGAACGGAGCUGGGGAAGGGUCUGAACACAAGUCUGAUGAGAAGAAGUUGAGGGAUCUGGAAAGGGGCUCAGCCUGGAGAAAAGAAGGCUCAGGGGGGACCUUGUGGCUCCGCACAGCUCCUGACAGGAGGGAGCAGCCAGGUGGGGAUCGGUCUGUUCCCCCAGGUAGCAAGUGACAGGAUGAGGGAAAAGGCUUCAUGUUGUGCCAGGGGAAGUUUAGAUUGGAUGUAGGAAAAAUGUCUUCACUGAUGGUGGUCAGGUUUUGGAACAGGCUGCCUAGGGAAGUGGUGGAGUCACCAUCCCUGGAGGUGUUUAAAAGACCUUUAGUUGUGGCGUUUGGGCACAUGGUUUAGUGAUGCGCUUGGCAGUGCUUGGGGAAUGGUUGGACUCAAUAAUAUUAGAAGUCUUUUCCAACCAAAACAAUUCUGUGUUCCUCUUCUGGAUGGCUGAAUCCAUGCUAGAGACCCUGCAAGGAACCCAGAUUGACUGAUCUUUGAUCACUGCAAGCCAGAAGGUGGGCUAACAGCUGAGGGAGACCACUCUCACACCAUUCUCCAGAGGUUAGGCUCAUGCCCCCAAGGCUCAGCCCAGACCCUCUCCUAUUUCUUUUCACUGUGACCAUCAGAGAGGAGCCCCGGAUCAGCUUUGACCAUGGGCCAGGCAAGGGCUGUCCUCUUUGCCAGGGUGUUGGGGUUCUUUUUCUGUCUUCAACAGGCUGACUGCCAUAAGAAGCAUUAUUUAGUUCUCUGAGGUGGUUAUUUACAUGGAGUUGGGGUUUUUUGAUUGUUUUGGGGGUUUUGUUUUCACUCCUAGGUGAAUGGUAAAAUGAUUGCUAGUUGUGUUCCUUCCCACCCCAAAGUUCCCCUCCUCCUCCCAGUCUAGUAAUAGACAUAAUCAAUGAGACAGCCUUAACUGGUGUGUCCCUGCAGCCACCUACCCUCCAAACCAGAGCAAGGAGAGAAAUGCAAGGUCACACAUUGCAUUGCCCUCACCCUGCCACCCACUGCAGCUCAUGUCCCAUCGGGAUCCUGGUGCCCAUCCCUGUCACAGCCCCUCUGGCUGGGCAGGAGGUCACAGCCCUGGGCAGGAGGUCACAGCCCUGGGCAGGGUCACAGCCCUGGGCAGGGUCACAGCCCUGGGCAGGAGGUCACAGCCCUGGGCAGGAGGUCACAGCCCUGGGCAGGAGGUCACAGCCCUGGUCUCUCAGGGGUGAGGGCAGCUGUCCAACCCAGCCAGCUCGCCCCAGCCCUUGGGGAUGAUCAGGGAUCUCCGUGCCAGCAGUCGCUUCCCAUCUCUAUUGUUUUUGAUAAAUAUGCACAUUCAAAAUGUCUCGUUCUUCCAUAGGAGCUAUGGAAAUGCACAAAUGUGCUUUUAACAUGUGCAUCCUUGGAGUGCAAUAACCUCCCCUGGCCCGUGGCUGUCCCGGACUGGGGCCGUGGCUGUCAGCAAGGCACAGAGGAUCCUGCUGUGGGGACAGCCUCCUGAUUUCAAGAACCAUGUAGCAAAUAUCCAGUGGAAGAGCCAGUUGGGACUUCAGUCCGUGGUGGGCAAGGCCUGUUACAGUGCUGAAGGCUGACAGGGAGACGUGUUUUCCUUUUCCCUGGGAAUGACCUAGUAUGAAACUCUGAGUUUCUUCAAAGCUCCCCGUUAUGCCUAUAUCAUUCCUCCAUAAAUCUCUCAGUCUAAUACAGAGGAAAAAUUUUUUUAUUGUCUGUAUAUAGUAUAUAUAAAUAAAAAAAUAUGUUAUAUCUAUACACAAAUUUAUGUCUUGUUUUACAAACAAGAAAGAUUAAAUAUAUUAAUCUUAAUAUCCAAA